CCGCCCCGAAAGCCGGGUUGGAAAAUCCGAACUGGAAGCACCAGCUCUGCCAGCGUAGCCCAAGCUUAUUCUAAUCUGAAAACCCACCGGAAGUGCUUGUUUAACAUGCAGCUUCUCCCCUGGAGACGGAUAGGUUGGCCUGGAGGGGCGCCUGGCCUUUUGCGGUUUAGCAAGAGUCCAGUAAGGUGUGGGAAAUACUGAGCAUUUGGAAGGAAGGAAGCAUGGAGUGGGGCGCAGGUGGUUGAAAGGGGCAGGGGUGCAAGGAGGGCUUCCAGCCGAGGCCCAGAGAGUCGAACACAGGUGCUGUGUUUGGUGGAGCACCUGUCUGGUGCUCUGGUGAGCUGUGUGCUGGACGCAGAGGCACCAGGUCUGGGGGGAGCCGGUUCUGCAGGGUCUUUGAUGGCUGCUGAGAAGUGUGACUUGUUCAAGAGUUUGGGGCAGGGAGUGACACCACGUGAUUCGCGCUUGGAGGCUCGGAGGGGAGUAGAUGGAGGCAGCUUCAGCCGAGAGCCUGUGCUCCCCGUGCUUGCUCGCAUUGUCUCACCCCACUCGAGAGAUUGUGAGCUGCGGGUUACCCUGGUCCUUUUGUAAAGGAAGAAAGUGAACCAAAAGACGGAGUGAUCCGCUCGAGGUCUCAGAACCAGUAAAGGAAGGGCUGGGGGUCCAACCCAGGUCCUCUGUGGCCAUCGCCACUUUAUCAAACUGCCGGACAACCAACGUGAUGCAAAUGAGCCUCGGGGUGGCUUUGUUUCCAGCGUCCUGUUCAAAAUGUCAUAGUACUUGACACUCUGAGCCUUCAAGUCAUAAUGGUACAACUGAGGCAUCUCCACAGGCCGUUUAACCCUCUUUGAUAGCCCAGUGCAGACCGCCAGGAAUGGAAGAGCCAAGCCCAGACCCCACUGACAGGAGGCUGGGGAGCCUCAUGUUUGGGGAACUUCAGUCGUGAUCCCCAUUCGGCCCACUGACCCUAAUAGGCUCUCAGUGAUGAGACGGGUGGACCGGAUGUUCCCUUCGGAUCAUUCUGACUGCUUGGAGGAGGAAGAGGAAGUCAAAAAGCAGGAGGAGGAUUACGGAGAGGGGGAAGACGACGCGGAGGUCCAGCAGGAAUGCCUCCACAAGUUCUCCACCCGGGACUAUAUAAUGGAGCCCUCCAUCUUCAACACGCUGAAGAGGUAUUUUCAGGCAGGAGGGUCUCCGGAGAACGUGAUCCAGCUGCUCUCAGAGAACUACACGGCCGUGGCCCAGACCGUCAACCUGCUGGCUGAGUGGCUCAUCCAGACAGGUGUUGAACCGGUGCAAGUUCAGGAAACUGUGGAAAAUCACCUGAAGAGUUUAUUGAUCAAACAUUUUGACCCCCGCAAAGCAGAUUCUAUUUUUACCGAAGAAGGAGAGACCCCCGCGUGGCUCGAACAGAUGAUUGCACACACCACGUGGAGGGAUCUCUUUUACAAACUGGCCGAAGCCCAUCCAGACUGCCUGAUGCUGAACUUCACGGUCAAGCUGAUUUCCGACGCAGGGUACCAGGGAGAGAUAACCAGCGUGUCCACAGCCUGCCAGCAGCUGGAAGUGUUCUCCAGAGUGCUCCGCACCUCUCUGGCCACCAUUUUGGAUGGAGGAGAAGAAAACCUUGAGAAAAAUCUCCCUGAGUUUGCCAAAAUGGUGUGUCACGGGGAGCACACGUACCUGCUCGCCCAGGCCGUGAUGUCCGUGCUGGCCCAGGAGGAGCAGGGCGGGUCCGCCGUGCGCAGGAUCGCGCAGGAGGUGCAGCGCUUCGCCCAGGAGAAAGGCCAUGAUGCCAGUCAGAUCACACUUGCCCUGGGCACAGCCGCCUCCUACCCCAGGGCUUGCCAGGCCCUUGGGGCCAUGUUAUCCAAAGGAGCCCUGAAUCCGGCCGACAUCACAGUCCUCUUCAAGAUGUUCACGAGCAUGGACCCACCUCCUGUUGAACUUAUCCGGGUGCCGGCCUUCCUGGGCCUGUUCAUGCAGUCGCUCUUUAAACCGGGGGCCAGGAUCAACCAGGACCACAAGCACAAGUACAUCCACAUCCUGGCGUACGCUGCCAGCGUGGUCGAGACCUGGAAGAAGAACAAGCGUGUGGGCAUCAACAAGGACGAGCUGAAGUCGACGUCGAAAGCCGUGGAGACCGUCCACAAUCUGUGCUGUAACGAGAACAAAGGGGCCUCGGAACUGGUGGCCGAGCUCAGCACGCUUUAUCAGUGCAUUCGGUUCCCCGUGGUGGCCAUGGGGGUGCUGAAGUGGGUGGACUGGACCGUGUCAGAGCCGAGGUACUUCCAGCUGCAGACGGACCACACCCCGGUGCACCUGGCCCUGCUGGACGAGAUCAGCACCUGCCACCAGCUCCUGCACCCGCAGGUCCUGCAGCUGCUCGUGAAGCUCUUUGAGACGGAGCACUCCCAGCUGGACGUGAUGGAGCAGCUUGAGCUGAAGAAGACCCUGUUGGACAGGAUGGUUCACCUGCUGAGUCGAGGUUAUGUACUUCCUGUUGUCAGUUACAUCCGAAAGUGUCUGGAGAAGCUGGACACUGACAUUUCACUCAUUCGCUAUUUUGUAACUGAGGUGCUGGACGUGAUUGCCCCUCCGUACACCUCUGACUUCGUGCAGCUCUUCCUCCCCAUCUUGGAGAACGACAGCAUCGCGGGCACCAUUAAGACAGAGGGCGAGCACGACCCCGUGACGGAAUUUAUAGCUCACUGCAAGUCUAACUUCAUCCUGGUGAACUAACACGGCGCGCACCCUCCAGAGCCGGCACGGAACGUUCCGGGACCAGCUGUGGGAAAGCCCUGACAGAAGCCAUUGCUCGAGGCCGGGCGGCCAUCUGGGAGCUAGGCCCCGGCGGGAGGAGGCGAUGCCUGUUUGCAGGGCCACUACCACAGGUGGCCCCUCUCCUAGGAGCUCGCGCUGCCCCCAGACCCUGCUGACCAUGGUCACUUCCCCCGCGAAGGAACUGGUCCCUCCCACGGGUCACUGGGGGCUCAGGACCGAGACUCGGAGAUGAACUACCUUCCGAGGUCACUUUUCUCACGAGAACCAGUUGGUUGAUACUUAUUGUCAUUGUCUUAAUUUUCCAAGAACCAAUUAAAGGGUUUUUCUGCUGCGUGUGGCAGGUGUAGACCAGG